AUGAGAUACAUGGGGCUGCAGAACCGAGACCGUGAUGCAUGGGAGGACUUCGAAGUUAUGCAGGGCGACCUACUAGUGUCCGACUACUCGGUCUCCCUCAGCAACCGGGCUUACAUUACCGACGUCGUCCAUAUGAACAUCCUCCCGGUACCCCGGAUGAAGCACCGUAACAUGGUGGUCGACAACUACAAGAGUGCCGGAGGACGACUCGAAGACGUGGAAUACUUCGUGAACCGCUUUAUCUUGAACUCCGACGCCGAAUAUCUGAAUGGCGCUACGGGCUGGAAAGAGCUCAUAAUCAACAAUCCCCUUCUCGUGGGGCAGAUUAAGAUGCUCAACGAAUACGCCCAAGAAUUCAAGCAUGCUCAAAUCAGGGAGGUGACCGUCGCCGUCUUGAAGCCGAAAUACAUUGUGCCUGCCUUCUUCAUGGUGACACGCCUCACGCGGCCAACGGCGGAAGAGGGGCGCGCUUCUGGCUAG